AUGCUAAACUCCACAUCUGUUGAGGUCAUCAGCGACGAGCAGACGGCGCUGGUUCUGAAAGUCUUGAUGUACGGUCUCAUCCCCGCCGUCUCUCUCUUCGCUGUGGUCGGGAACGUGUUCAGCAUCGUGGUCCUGAUGAGGCACGGCCUGAGGAAGUGCUCCAACAUCCUGCUCGUCUCCCUAGCCGUGGCUGACAUCCAUUUCCUCGUCUCCUACAACAGCGUGCCCAAGGUCCUGUACGAAGCUGUAGGCGGCCAUCGUUUUGUCGGCUUCUCCCCGUCAGACAUGAACGUUUUGUUCGUGUUUUUCGUCAUCUUCACGUUCUACGACUACGCGUUUGGCCUGCUGGGGCUGACCCUGCCCAUGCUCAUCACCAUUGAGAGACUGCUCAUGAUCUUCUUUCCCUUGAACUUCCACAGGAUCUUGACCCCUGGCCGGACAUGGCUCGCUGUGGCCGUCUUGUCCGUCUACUACAUAUCAAUGUUUAUUUUCGCCAGUUUUCUGAUGGAGCUACAGUACGUGACUGAUAACUCCACGAACGAGACCGUCGGUGUGAUCGUCCACUCAAAGCUCUUCUACGAGAACUUUCAUCUGAUCUCGUUCUUACAGGAUCUGCUUGUCUACUCCAGCUUCAUCAUCCCUCCCAUCUUCACCAUCAUCGGCUGCGUCAUCAUCUUCAUCAAACUGAAGAUGACGUCAAUGACACGCAAGAGGAUGACGUCAGCCACACACAGAGGAAGCCGGACGACCAGGAUGCUGCUAGCCGUCUGCGCAGCUUACACGCUGACGACGUCAUUUCAAGCACUUCCGCUGUACAUCCCCCAGUACGCCGUGUACUCCCUCACCGACCAGAGCUCCACCAAUAUCGGGAAGAUCCUGUACCAGGUCAUUAACCUGGCCAGCUGUGUCAACAGUGCCAUCAACUUCAUCGUCUACAUCGUCCUCAACAACAAGUUCCGCCACACCUUCCUCCACUUGUUCUGCUGCUCCACCAGAACUUCAAGGCAACGCUUUAAACACAGGAGUAGGCAAGAGUCGAGUAACCGAGUCAGGGAGUCAUCCAGCAGAGGCUACAGGAGCUAG